AUGCAAACUACAUUGAAUGAGAGAUAUGCUCUAGCUUGGUUAGAAAUCAGCACCAUUUCAAUACUCACUGUUAUUGGUAGUUUGUUCUAUAUCAUCUCCAAUAUCACAACAUUUAUGACUGGCUCAAGAUCCCGACUUGAAACUGUUUGUGACUCUAUCAAUGCUACAUCCGCGCAGAUAUACAACGCGCCGUCAAUUUUAUUAAACGCUACGAUGGUAUCCAUGGUUACCGCCAAGGAGAAUAUUCAACGCAAUUUAUCCACAGUCAUUAGCGUAAUCGAAUCAUGUGUCAUCUGGUUGGUCCAAAUGUACAAAUCAACUUACCGCUGUUUACUCGGUUUGGCAGUUCAUUCUGUCCUUUCAGUGGUCACACAAAUUACUGGGCCACUUCAAAAGGCGGCACAAGGGAUUACUUCAUUUGUGUCUGGCGGGGACUACAUGAGUGGCGAUUGGACUCGGUCUUUAACAGACACUCAAAGCAAAGUGGAUGACUGGUUCAAAAAUGAUGAUGAUGUUAUACAAAAGUUGAUUGAUAAGCCUUUCCAAUUAUUACAUGCACAGAUAAACGAUACACUAGCUGGUUGGGAACCACCCAGAUACAGCUCAGCUCCUCAGUUACAAGAAGCACAAGAACAAGUAUGUAGUUCGCAAGACUUGAUAGUCUCUCUUGAUCAUGUUGAAUUUGAACUUAAAAAGUAUGUGUAUAUAUUUAUCGGAUUACUGUUUGGCAUCAUGUUCUUUUGCAUCCUGUCCAAUAUGUUUGUGAUUCGUUCCCGACAUCACCGUGUUACACAAGCACGCGCAAUGAUUGUACGAUUGUUGCGAACCACACCAACGACCCCUCAAGAAUGUGAAAAAAUGUUACAGGCAUACACCUCGGCAGAUACGUUCAUUUCUUGGCACGAGAAAAGCCAUCCUGUCUACCGUCUGUUGCAUUUCAUGAGCCAUCCUAUCGCGUUGUAUUGUCUUGUGGUCGGAAUCGUCGGUGUAAUUACCACUUUUAGUCUAGUCUGGGUGUUAGAAAUGAAAAGCCAACAACUUUAUCAAGAUUUUACUAAUCAGGCCCAGACGUGGUCGAUGGAUGCCUCGUCUCAAUGGACACACACGGCUGCCUUGCAAUAUAAUAAUAUAAAUUAUUGGAUUAAUGAGACGGAAUUUGAUUUAAACAAUCAGGCGUUUGGUGUGAUUAAAAGUACGGCUAUUACUAUAAAUGAGACUUUGACAAACGUGGUAGACCAAGUAAGGGAGUUGGUCGUAACUGUCUUGGGUGGUACACUACUAGAAGCUCCUGCAAAAGAUUUAAUUCAAUGUCUACUCUUGACUAAAAUCGAGAAUAUAGAACAGGGCUUAACCUGGAUUGUUGACCAUGCUUUUAUCAAGAUGGGUCGGAUCAGCGUUCCUCAAAUAAAUGAAUUGAUCCUCGGCCCAAAAAUGCAGGCAUCUAUAGAUAAACAUAUCCAAAUCGACGACUGGUUUUUGACAUUACCUUUGAAAAGCCUUUUAAGCUUUUACUAUAUGUUGCUUGUGAUAUGGGCCAUCUGCCUAUGUAUUGGGACAGUAUUUCAGAUUGUUAGAAGA